AGAGAGAGAGAGAGAGUGUGUGUGUGAGAAUUAGCGUAAGAUCGAAAAGAGCAGAGCGCAACGUAAUCGAUAUGUCAUAGGUCAAGCAGAUGAGAUAUUCCGUAGGCGACGGUCGCGCGUAACGUGCAGUCGACAACGUGUUUGCCAGCUAAACGCCAAAGGCUAAGAGGAACGAGUUAGAGCUGGCCAUUGCGUAAUUUGCAACGCCUGAGCCAAGGGGUGUUUUGCUCGACAUCCUCCCCCACCGCGUUUCGCUGCCUACUACCAUCACCUUCAAGGCCGGAAACGGACUCGCGCGCUUGCGAGAUUCACGCGAGCGAAGAAGAGAAGUCGUACGCGGCACCGCUGCACCUAGACGAAAAUGGCGCGCCCGGGCUUCAAGAGGCGACACACGGAGCUCCAGCUCGAAUCCGUGGCGAGGAUCUCUAACUUCCCGAUCGUCGAGAGUGGCAUCGGCAUCGCCGGCACUGUCUACGAGAAAAUAAAGCGCUCAAACUCAUUGAUGAACUGGGGUCUCGAAACGGCGGAACAGUCCCUGGCGAUGGCAACGGCGUCGGCGGUGCCGGCGAUUAUGGCCCUCAACCUGCCGAUCUCUACGAUCGAUCAAAUGCUCUGCAAAGGCAUCGACAUUGUCGAGCAGCGCGUCCCUGCCGUGCAUCUUCCUCCACACCUCAUGUACUGGAAUACACGAGAAUAUGUAAAUAACAAAUUCGUGAAGCCUGUGCUGAUAAGGGCGGAUAGCGUCAAAUUAAUCGGCAGCCAAGCGGCAAAUGCAGCUGUCGAAAGGCUGGUCGGUGCCAUCAAUGUUGCCGACCAAUACGUCGAUCGCUAUCUCCCAGCCGAUCCAGCCGAUAAAAUUGCUGAAACCUGCACAGACUCUAUCAACGCCGAUGAAACGAGCAAUAAAGCGGUCGGAACGAUCGAGAAAGGUGCCAGAUUCUCGCGCAAACUCCAGCGAAGGUUGACGCGUCGCACUUUGGCCGAAGCUCGAGCACUUAAGGAGCAGGGAACCGAGUGUAUACAUGUACUACUCUACGUUGCUGAACUGAUAGUCACGGAUCCGAAACUUGCCUUGCAGAAGGCCAAGGAGCUGUGGGCGUCGUUAAGCCUGCCCGAGCCAGAGAACCAGGCCCGACCCACGAACCUGGAGCAGUUGCUAGUCCUCUUCACUCGCGAAACAACGCGCCGUGUCGUUCACCUGGUGAACGGCACCGCAAAUCUGGCAUCCCGAGCCCCGAAACGCAUGGCUCGCGCCCUCCUCGGCGUCUCCCAUCGGCUGAUCGCAAUCUUCGAGCAGGUUCUCAAGAUGGUACUGAUUGUAGGGAAGCGCGAGAUUUCCAGUGCACAAUUCAAUGCUUUAAGUGGUGCAAUCUUCAGGCUUAAUUCCUUUACAAAUCAAUUUUUGGAAGAACUGGCGGCUGUUUUAGCUGGCCGUCCUCAAGUUAUUAAGGGAGCACAUUCAUCGAUUCGUCAGGUUAACCACAAUAACUACAUUUCUAAUGCCACAAAUCCAUCGAUAAACGGAAUUGAAUAAUACACAUUUCUAGAUUCCUCUAAUAUUAAGAAAUGCGUUAUCUUGAAAAAAAAGGAGUUGAAAAAUAAAGUU